GCGUUAGCUACCGGUAGAGCGGGAAGCCCGGCUGCUGUGGUUUUGCUCCGUUAGGAACCACCGACUGACUCAGACAGACUCGCCCACCUCCGAGCCUUUCUUCCCCCCCUCUCUUCGCUGUCACGAAUUGCCCGAGCACCAUGGACCGAGAUCACUUUGUAUACCAGGCGAAACUCGCCGAACAAGCAGAAAGAUACGAUGAAAUGGUGGAGUCCAUGAAGAGCGUCGCAGGGAAGGACGUGGAGCUGACGGUGGAGGAAAGGAACCUGCUGUCCGUGGCCUAUAAGAACGUCAUCGGUGCACGGAGAGCUUCAUGGAGGAUAAUCAGCAGCAUCGAGCAGAAGGAGGAGAGCAAAGGUGGAGAAGACAAACUCAAAAUGAUCCGCGAAUACAGGCAAACGGUGGAGAAAGAGCUGAAAUCAAUCUGUAACGACAUUCUGGAUGUACUGGACAAACACCUCAUUCCUUCAGCCAACACGGGCGAGUCAAAGGUUUUCUAUUACAAAAUGAAGGGUGACUACCACAGGUACUUGGCAGAGUUUGCUACAGGCAACGACAGGAAGGAAGCAGCCGAGAACAGCUUGGUAGCAUACAAAGCAGCCAGCGACAUCGCCAUGAUCGAGCUGCCGCCGACACACCCCAUCCGCCUGGGGCUGGCACUCAACUUCUCCGUCUUCUACUACGAGAUCCUCAAUUCUCCAGACCGUGCCUGCAGGUUGGCGAAGGCGGCGUUUGAUGAUGCGAUAGCAGAACUGGACACGCUCAGUGAGGAGAGCUAUAAGGACUCGACACUUAUCAUGCAGUUGCUACGCGACAACCUGACACUAUGGACUUCAGACAUGCAGGGAGACGAUUCUUAAGGACCUCCACUCCCCCCUCAUUUCCCACUAGAGCUCCUCUUUGUGAAGAACAGAAUAAAGAAGCACUGCAGGACGUGGAAGACGAGAACCAGUGAGACGUCACCGCAUUGGACACUCUUUCCUCUACUUUCUGUCUCUCUCUGUCUCUCUCUCUUUUAUCCCAAGUCUCUGGUCCUGCCCCUCUCAGGUCUCCAUGGUAUCACCGAAAGAGCUCUGAAGUCACUCCGUCUCCCCCAACACUCACUCUUUUCUCUCCUGUAUGUCAGUUUAGCGCUCUGCUCUUUUGGGUUACACCCUGGGCAUUUCUAAAUGUUCCCCUGUCCCCCCCUUUACCCACCCUUCAACUUGGCACCAUCAGAUCCUCACAUGAAUUGACCUCCUGAGUGAAUAGGUAUUGUGGAGAACUUCCCCUGCUGAUUUAUUUGUAUUAAACUCGCCGAAUGUCGUCUGUGUACGGCCUUA